CACUGGAUAUACUGACUUUCCCCUUUGGAUUAAACUCUUUAGAUCGCUCUGUGUCCGAUUCUACUACAGUUCUCAAGGGUAACAUGGGUGUUUGCUAAAGUUCCCUCCAUCCAAGACUUCAGUCCUCAGAAGCAUGUUGAUCACAAAGAUUGAAGCCAAGGAGGCCUGUGAUUGGCUGCAAGCGGCUGGCUUCCCUCAGUAUGUGCAGUUAUUCAGAGACUGCAGGUUCCCCGUUGACAUCGAGUGGGCAAAGCAGGAUCACAACUUCCUGGAUAAGGAUGCCCUUGAUUCACUCUGCAGGAGAUUAAGUACUUUGAACAAAUGCGUGGAAAUGAGGCUGGAGCCGCGAAGAUCAAAACGCCGGGGAGACGACUGUGAUGAAGAAGACUUCUGUGCCAUCAGUGCCAACUGGACCUACGACAGGCGGACGCGACGAUGGCGGCGCCUCGACUCCACAGUGGACAUUCUUUGCAUGUCUGAAAGCCCUACCGGCCCCCGGGAGGUGUCUCGGUGUGAUGUCAAUGACCGCCAUGAUGAAUGCUCCAUCCACAGCUCCAGCAGCACUGAGAGUGAAGGCCACGGACACCGGAGUCACAGAGACAUAACUACCUGCACAGCCACCUCCGCCACUGCUACUGCCAGCACCAUAGACGACCAAGAGACCAGCAGGAGCUCCUCCCGAUGCUCCUCCUCGAACAAGAUGUCAUCCCUGGACACCUCGUUCAGUGGACCCCCUUCCCCCGUUGGAAGUGGUGCAGGGUCAUCCAUGAUUCUGGAAGCUGAAGGCUGCUUCCCAGACAAACCGCCCAUGAAGAAGGGAACCAGUUUGCUCAAGAAGAUGGAGAAACUAAGGCUGAGGGGAACAACUAGCCUCCUGUCUCCUCACAGCGGAGGCGGUAACAGCAGGAGUCGAGCUCGCCACAUCAUCAGCGGGCCGGUUCUUAUCCAGGAGGAGGAGAGGAUAGAGAGGCUGCACUGCCUGUCAAGUCUGCAGGGUCGACCCAGCAGCCGUGCGUCUUCCUCACCCUCGUCUUCUCACACCAUCAGCAGCAGCAGCAGUAACAGCCACUCAGAGAGCAGCAGCACUGUCAGCACGCCCAGCCCGGUCACCCGGGUCAGGAGUAACUGCAAACGCUCCAACAGUAGUGUUGGGGUCCACACAGGAACGGAGGACUACAGGAACCAGAUCAACAACAACAGCAGCAGCCACGAGAGUCUGGUCUUCCAGAUCCCCCGUGGACACAAACCCGGGACCUUCCCCAAAUCCCUGGCACACAAACAAACCAUCCUGUCCCCCAUCAUCGAUGACACCUCCGUCAACUGGAGGACCGGGAGCUUCCACGGUUACAGGGGGCGACACAGUCGCCGCCAUGGCACUUCAUCUCUGGCCACUGGUGACCAGGACCCCUUGUCUUCAUCCUCCGGUGACAUCGGAGUCCCCAGCCCGCUCGCUUUGCUGGAUCAUCGGCUGAGUGUCUACGAUAACGUGCCAGACGACCAACAGCUGUCUGAAAGUGAAGGCGGCAGUGGUGGGAGUGGCAGCGAUGCAGAACGGAUGGGUGAGGAGUCAGAGGUGAGUCGACUGUUGGCAGGUGAAGACGUUUUCACGGCUCUGGACAACAUAUUGGAGCGGAUCAGCAACCUCCAACAACUGGUCUCCACCUGGUCCGAAAAUCUCUCCGAGGACGACUGUCAGAGAGCUUCCUCCUCCUCCUCCUCUUCCUCUUCUUCCUCCCAAGACUCACCUGCCCAUGGCUCCUCCGCCACCUCCCCAUGCCCGUCUUCUCCCAGCCACAUCCACCUGGAGGUGCAGCAUCCGGAGGAGGAAGAGGAGGCAGAGAGCUAUGAGAAGGUACCGGUGAACAGAGAAGAGCCGGAGACGAAAUCACCACAAGCCAGGAGAAGCAGAGUGAACCAGCAGCUGCACUGGUCCAGCGAGCAGAACCUGCCCUCCCUGCCCACCAGUCCAGGAGUGGAGAAACAGUCUGUCUCCCAGUUCCUCCUGCUACAGAAACUCUCCCUGCUCAAACUCACCGCUCUAAUGGAUAAAUACUCCCCAUCUAGCAAGCAGGGCUGGAACUGGACUGUUCCUAAACAGCUGAGGAAGACCAAGAUGGUGGACGUGAAAGGCCGGCGGGUCUUUGGGGUUCCUUUGCUUUUGAGCGUCCAGCAGACGGGAGAGCCACUUCCUCCCAGCAUCCUCAGAGCACUGGUCUACCUGAAGACCGAGUGUUUGGACCAGGUGGGUCUUUUCCGGAAGUCAGGGGUAAAGUCUCGUAUCCAGUACCUCCGUGAUCUGGUGGAAUCUGAUCCAGGUGGUGUUUCCUACGAUGGUCAGUCUGCUUUCGACGUGGCUGACAUGGUGAAGCAGUACUUCAGAGACCUGCCUGAACCCAUCUUUACCAGCAAACUCUGCGAGUCCUUUCUCCACAUUUACCAAUAUUUUCCUAAGGAUCAGCAGCUGGUUGCGGCUCAGGCAGCCAUGUUGCUGCUUCCUGUCGAGAACAGGGAGGCGCUGAGAACGCUGCUGUUCUUCCUGCGGGACGUGGUGGCCUGCGUGGACGAGAACCAAAUGACUCCAACCAACAUUGCAGUAUGUCUGGCGCCGUCGCUUUUCCACCUCAACACCCUAAAGAGAGACGCCAAUGCACCAAGGUCGAGUCACAGGAAGUACAGCCUGGGCCGCCCAGACCAGCGGGACCUGAGUGAGAACCUGGCUGCCACCCAGGGCCUGGCCAACAUGAUCACCGAGGCCCAGAGACUCUUCCAGCUUCCAGAGUUCUGGCCGGGUCAGUGUUUAAAUGCUGCAGGCCCCACUGAGGACUUCCUCUCUGUGGAGGGAGGAGGUCUGGUGUCCCCCAGUCAGAGUAGAGGUGAGGAGGAGCAGGAGGAGAGAAGGAGGAAGCUGCAGCUGAGCACCCAGGACCUCCUGAAGGAGGCCAGAGAGAAGAGCCGAGACUGGGAGAGCCACCCAGCUCCAGAGCAUGUGGAGCUGGCCUUCAAGAAGAUGGACGACGGCUGCCCACUGUGGAUGUGGCGUGGCUCCGUGGAGGUGGAUGCCCCGCAGAGGGAGCUGCUCCACCGGCUGCUGAGGGAGCAGGAGCGGUGGGAGGGACUUCUGCACAAGGCCACCGUCAUACAGACCUUGUCCAAGGACGCAGAAGUUUACCGUUACCUCCUCCAGGGCGAUGGCCUGGGCUCCCGGCCACCACAGGAGUACCUGCUGCUCAGGACCUGGCAGGCGGACCCGUCCUCCGGCCCUCUGUACCUGUCCUCUGUAUCCACAGAGCAGCCUGAGGUGCUGUUAGAGGGGGUUAGGGCUCAAGUCCACUCCUGCCUCUACUUGCUGGAGCCCACAGGAGCCAGGAAGACCCGACUGACACACCUCUGCCGCACAGAUACCAGGGGCCGGUCACGGGAGUGGCACAGCAAAGUGAGCGGAUAUCUUCUGGCCUCUGGUCUCCUGGCGAUCAGGGACACCUUUAGAGCAGACCACAAAGAGACGAAGAUAUGAGUGAAUGCACAAGCGGAAGCUGACCACUUGGGAUGAUUUAGAGAUGUUGCACUAAUCCGGCAUACUCACCCCUCAACUUCUAGUCUGGUUGAAUUCCAUUCCCACCUCAUGGCAGAAGGCUGGGAAUAAAGGAAACUACAGCAUCAUUUUUACAAGUUUUAAAAGUGAAACUCGUGGCCCAGAGCACAGCAAGCAGGGAAGGUGACCUGUGACGGCUUCCCUAAACCACUUGUUUCUCUCUGGCUUCUUUUUGAGGUGCUGUAUGAGUUCGCUUUUUUGUCAGUGACCUUGCAGAAUGCCAACAGCACCCCAUUCGCACCCUGCUGCCUCUGUUACGCUUCACACUCAAGUUCGCAAAAAAAUGCGAGACGAGCUUUGACAAAGGACGUUUUGAUGAGAGGAUGAAAAGCUGAGGUCUGGUUUGACUUCCAACUGAGGAAAAAGGCAGAGAUCGAGCAAGUGGACAGCAUGGUGACAUUUUCAUCAGGAACUGACACUUUUAAUUUGUUUUGCCUUAAAAUAUGUUACCAUGCAAACAAGAUUCACAAAUUUUUAGAUGAAAGAGUCAACGUUCGCCAUCAAAUGCUUUCCUGUAGCAAGAGAAGGGGGCAGGGGAUCGAAUGGCAGCUGCCUGGGCGAACACAGGAAACAAGGAGAGAAAACAUCAGGAAACAGACUUUUAGCCACCAGACAAUUGGCUUCAGUGGAAACGGCUACAGGAGAAAACCUGGAAACAAUGCAGCCACUUGAUGAUGGGAUGUUCUCUCGAGUCUGAUGCCCCGAUGACAGAUUCUGGGAGAAACAAAAACAAAUUUGCAACAGGGAGAGCUGCUUCACCUGUAGCUGUUCAAAGCAGAAAGAGACACUUGAUUAUUUGGGUAAAAUCUGAAUUAUCAAUGUGCCAAAGCCAGAUGAUCUGAACUGAGACAUUUUCUUUUCAAAUCAUCUGAAACCGUUUCACCUCAAAAGCAGCUGGAUCCAGCUGUGACGAGGAAUUAGCACAACUUUUUACUGUGGCCUGUUCUAUAAAGGGACACACGCGAGACAGUUCAAAGACGAGCGCUAUCUACCUCUCCACAGGACGACACCACAGUUGCGUGACUCUGAAGCGCAACAGGCCUCGCCACAUGGCGGUGACGGAGACAAGCCUUUUGUGUGCUUCCCGGCACUGUGACGGUUAUCCAACCAGACAACACACCCCCCCAACCUCCUGAAUUUUUUAACAUUUGUAUUUAUUCUGGUCUGUCAAGAGCAUGAUGUCCACGAAUCUCUGUGCUUGUACAGUCUUAUUUCAUGUGGCGCUUGAGUGUUACUUUACUUUCAAAGUCUGCUUGUCCUACAUACUUCAAAGUGUCACUGUUGUGAAGUAGGGCAGGUGUGUGCAUGUACAGUAAAUGUCUACAAAAUCAAUUCACUCAAACUCCAUAUUUAACUUAAUGCAUAUCUAAAUACAAAUCUCUUAUUUAAUUUUGAGCUUUUGGAAAAUGUUAUCUUGUUCGCGUGCGUGUGAAAUCUAAAUUCAUCAGUGCCAAACACCUAAUUAAAAUGUUUAUUUCUCUCUGAA